CGGUGUAUCGUAAACAUGCCGGUCUCUGCACGCCACGGCACCGCGGCUGUACCGCGGUGUCCAGACCGCGAAGUUUCAUCGUUCCGUGAUUCGCCUGUUUAACGCCAGGCCCGCGCAACCGACACAAGAAACGUGAUUAUAAUAAUCUAUCGUUAUGGCGCACGCCGCAAUGGCGUUGAGGCCGUUGUGGAAGUUCACGCACGUCCGCAACAUCUUGAGGUUUGCCAGGAGGCCCUCACUACUUACGAAAAUCGCCGGAAAAGCGGCCUUUUCGACAACUGCGGCAUGGAGUCUCCCGGUCCUCGUAAGAUGCGCGGAGGACGACAGCGAUGACACGCUUGCAGCGAUCGACCCGGAAACCCUGUCGCACGAGUUCCUGAUCAAACAGGCCAGUGUUGUUGCUGUCGAAGCAGCUAGCAGGGUACUCAUUCAACUGACAGCGGCAAUCCUCGAUGCCCACGAAGCAUACUGGAAAAGCCUGAACAAGCUGAGCAGCCUGCUGAAGAGGUUCGAGACGGAGGUGGGCCUCUGUUCGGGAGACGAUUCUAUCUGGCUUGAAAUGAUCGCCAUCCGAGAGGAGACCAACCGGCUCAAAGCAGAUGUUCUCUCCCUCGAGUCGCGCAUGCAAAGCGUCUCCGGCCUUAUGGAAGCCAUGGCGCAGACCGCCUUUGCCAAUGGCGCCGAGUAUGCCGGCAUCUGCGCCAACGAACGCCUGCUGUCUGCCGAGCGCCAGAUAAGGUUGGCUGCCCAGAAGACUGCGGUGCUCGAAGACAUUCUCAACAGGGCCCACAGGGACGCCGUCAUUUCUGGUGCCGACAAGACGGACAAAGCCGAAGAAAGAAGACCUCAAAAUGACGUAGCAGCGGUAGAUGUAGGCGCAUAAAAGGAUGAUGUACAGAUGUCAGGACUAUUAGUUUGGAAAAAAAAAAAAUAACACUUGUACAUUUAUGGUGAUUUAUGGCCUGAUCAAAUAAAGUUAUUUUGUCGCAUUGCA